AUCAAAAAGGGGUAUAAAUAUUUUUGCAAGUUUUUCGGUGAAGUUUGCGACACUAGUGCACCGCUGAGACACCAACGACUUGGAGUUGCUUCGGUGAACGAGAGGCAGGGUGGAGGGUAGACCUCCGCAUCCUGACGACAGCAGCAGUCGCUUCCUCUGGAGGCGUUACGAAGACAGUCAAGAUCCAUCGCUGCGAGAAGAUGUCGGAAAGUCAAGUUUUCAGCAGAGGGCGAUCAUGACAGGAACAUUCCGGAGAUCGGUGAGUACAGAGAGCCCGGGGGAGGAUGAAGAGAGCAUCGCCGGGGGCAUCGGCCUGGCAGGCGACCAAGAGGGCGAAGGAAGGAGAAGUAGUGGAGGCUCGUUUCCGCUGAGAAUGGCGGCUGCGAUGAGGGCGCGUUCCGGUACCGGCGGAUUUCUCCGCGGCCCUCCCGCGUCUAACGCGAACUAUGACCCAGAGGCUCCACCGCAACCACCCCUAUUUUUACAGUCUACGAUGCAGACAACCAGUCUACUCGAAAGACCGGAAAUCGACAAAAAAGUCAAGAGGCACAGCAUACAUGGAAUGAUGGAGGAGGAGAACGUGGUCCGACCUCAUCAAGAAAUGGCAAGUCUCACUCUCGAUGAAAAAAAAUAUCUACUGGCAGUUGAACGCGGUGACAUUGCUUCCGUAAGAAGAAUGCUUCAGCGUGCCCAAGAAACCGACUACACGAAUAUCAAUUGCGUGGACCCUCUGGGAAGGUCUGCCCUUUUAAUGGCAAUCGACAACGAGAACCUGGAAAUGGUAGAGCUACUAAUAGAGCAUCGGGUAGACACCAAAGAUGCCUUGCUCCACGCCAUCUCAGAAGAAUUUGUGGAGGCUGUCGAGGUCCUUCUUGAGCACGAGGAGAGCUUCCACAGGAGUGGAGAUCCUCACGUAAGCAGCUCUGUGUCGUCGGCUUGCCGCCUGCCAAGUUGGGAGGCACUUCCUCCUGAUACCGCCACAUUCACCCCAGACAUCACUCCGUUGAUUCUUUCCGCGCACAGGGACAAUUACGAGAUCAUUAAGAUCCUGCUAGACAGAGGUGCCACGUUACCGAUGCCGCAUGAUGUCCGCUGUGGGUGUGACGAAUGCGUAAUAUCACGAAUGGAAGAUUCUCUGAGGCACUCUCGGAGCAGAAUUAACGCUUACCGGGCCUUGGCGUCACCGUCUUUGAUAGCACUCUCUUCCAAAGACCCCAUCCUUACGGCGUUCGAACUUUCAUGGGAGCUUCGGCGGCUGUCUUUUCUCGAGCACGAGUUCAAGCUUGAAUACCAGGAACUGAGACGACAGUGCCAGGACUUCGCAACAGCUUUGCUGGACCACACGAGGAGUUCUUACGAACUUGAAGUGCUCUUGAACCAUGAUCCUACGGGACCUGCCUUCGAGCACGGGGAAAGGAUGCAUUUGAACCGUCUGAAAUUGGCGAUAAAGUUGCGUCAAAAGAAGUUCGUUGCACAUCCUAACGUGCAGCAGCUGCUUGCAUCCAUCUGGUACGAAGGACUGCCUGGUUUCCGUCGGAAAAAUAUCUUGCUUCAAGCCUUGGAGACUAUGCGGAUUGGAAUUCUCUUCCCAUUUCUCAGCGUGGCGUACAUCAUAGCACCUCACAGUGUGGUCGGUCAGACCAUGAGAAAACCUUUCAUCAAGUUCAUCUGUCAUUCCGCCUCAUACUUCACGUUUCUAUUCAUGUUGAUUCUUGCCAGUCAGAGAAUAGAGAAUCUACUUGGACUUGGAGAUCGUGCUGAGCAAACGAAAAGAGGAGAAUUGCCCUCACCCGUCGAAGGAUUCAUCAUAGCGUGGGUUUCCGGGCUUAUUUGGUCAGAAGUAAAACAGUUGUGGGACGUCGGUUUGGAGGAAUAUGUACAUGACAUGUGGAACGUCAUAGACUUUGUAACGAACUCCCUAUACGUAGCCACUCUCGCGUUAAGGAUUGUGGCCUACUACCGAGUGCAGGAAGAAAAACAAAAACUCAAUGAAAGUGAACUUCGUCUCCGACGAGAAGAAUGGGAUGCGUGGGAUCCUAUGUUGAUUUCCGAAGGACUUUUUUCGGCCGCUAAUAUUUUCAGCUCUCUGAAGCUUGUUUACAUCUUCUCUGUAAACCCUCAUCUGGGACCUCUGCAAGUCUCGUUAUCCAGGAUGGUCAUGGACAUCAUGAAGUUCUUUUUUCUCUACGUUUUGGUUCUUUUCGCGUUUUCAUGUGGCCUCAAUCAACUUUUAUGGUACUACGCUGACAUGGAGAAGAAACGUUGUCCAUCCAAUAGCUCUGACAUCUCUAGUACCAACGGUACAGCAAAUGCCAAUAAUAAUUCUUGCGUUUUGUGGAGAAGGUUUGCCAAUCUGUUCGAGACAACACAGACCUUGUUCUGGGCGGUGUUCGGACUCGUUGAACUCGACAGUUUUGAGUUGGAUGGAAUCAAGGUGUUCACGAGGUUCUGGGGAAUGCUCAUGUUUGGCACUUACUCGGUCAUCAACAUCGUAGUUCUUCUGAAUCUUCUCGUUGCCAUGAUGAAUCACUCCUACCAGCUAAUAUCCGACCGCGCUGACACUGAGUGGAAAUUUGCUCGGAGUAAGCUGUGGAUUAGUUACUUUGAAGAAGGUGGUACAGUACCUCCUCCAUUCAACAUCAUUCCAACACCAAAGAGUGCCUGGUAUAUCGGUCAGUGGAUUUACCGGAAGUUAUGUGGUCACAGACGUGCCGCGAAGAAAGAACACAUGCGUACAAUCAGGCGAAAGGUGAAACAGGCAUCAGAAAGAGACUUCAGGUAUCAAACAAUCAUGCGUAAUCUUGUAAGGCGCUAUGUUACGGUGGAACAACGCAAGGCAGAAGGCGAAGGUGUCACCGAGGACGAUGUGAACGAGAUCAAGCAGGAUAUCAGUGCCUUCCGAUGCGAGCUUAUCGAGAUCUUGAAGAAUUCUGGCAUGAACACGUCAACAGCGACCGGCGUUGGAGGCGGUGGUAGCUUUAAAGCACUGUCUUUAGGUGCUGGUGGAAAGAAGAACCGACAAAAAGAACGGAGACUGAUGAAAGGGUUCAACAUCGCCCCUCAACCAGGAGGAAGUGGGACCUUACCACCUGUGGCAGAAUUCAUAGCCUCGCUGCAGCAAGCACACCACGAACACGCUCACCAUGACCUCUUCGGUAGCACCCUCAGUGGGAUUUUCGGUCCUGGAGCGACACCAAAGAAGCAUCCUCAUCACACAAGUACCAACAGCGUCCCAGGUCUUACAACAGGCCCAAGGCCUCCAAGAGGCACUAGAGAAAGUUCCAGAAAAAGAAGAUGGGGCACCUUAAUUGAAGCUGCAAAAGUGGGACGCGUGUCGAGGUUGAUUGCAGGUCGAUCCCGGUCGGAGGAUUCCGUUUAUUCACCAGCAUCGGAUGAUGGCUCCCGAUCUGACGGUUCAUCGGAAUCCAAGUCAUCUCUAGACGUCACCACGCCAGAUUCGCAUGCUCAUCAGCAUGUCUAUUCCCAUCAUCAUCAUCACCAUCAUCAUCCUCACGAUGUCCACCAUAUGUUUUCCCACGGUUUGGGACCAGCUCUAGCAGCGCUGCGAAAAAAACGGAAGAAGUUUUCAGCAUCUCGUGCUUCGACACCUGCAAUGGCGAGCCAUACCAAUCCGGUAGAAAGCGUUAUGCAUCCGAUAACUUCCGCCCUAGCGUCAAAGGUCACCAGGAAGCAGCUGCAGAGAGCAAGCAGCGUUCCGACGAGAGGACCCGAGACUGUGAUCCCUCCGAUCACACCUCGAUGUCAUGAGGUCACCCAGAGUCAGCAACCAAGUUUAGACGCAGUUGAAAUGAUCACUAGCCACGAAGCUCAGGGAGUGAUUGUUGCCGCCGGGCCAUUGACGCCAUCAACGACGGAGGAAAGUGUCAUCGCAACUGCAACCGGAACCGGAACUGGAACUGGAACUCCAGUUUCAUUGACAUCGGUAAAGAGAAAUGGUUCCGCAACCCAAUUGCAACGAUUGCCCGGCAUUGAGCCGAUCUCUGGCCACGAUGUGUCUGCGGGAUGGCUGUGAAACUCCGAAUCGCUGACGUAGUCUGAUACCUAAGGUUUAAAAGAAAGAGUCUCUGCCAGCCUGUCAACUACUAAGCUGUAAUAUCCAGCAGAGAUUUUGAGUGUUUGCGGCGGCGCGGCGGCUGUGAAAAGUCCUCAUCAUGCCAUGCACAACGAUGCCUUAAUGCCAACGCGCUUCGAGGUCGCGUUGACUCGAACUUUUCUAGCCCGUGCUCUUAUCUCGGAUUCUCAACGUUCCUCCUUAUUCGGUGUUCAGUUGUAUUUUCCUGUUUCAUUUUUCGCAUUAGAGUUUAUUCUACUUUCGAUUACUCAAACUAUAUAUAGCGUAAGAAUAUUUGUAACCAGUAGCACCUACUAUUGCGUAAAUGAUUAGUAGAAAUGUUUACUAUAUUCUAAUAAGGAACGAGAGAGAAACGAAGAUACCUCACUUGAAAAUUAACCAUACGAAAUGGCUUCGAGUGCCCCGAAUCUCUUGAGUUUGGCUUAAUCCUCUUUGACCACGACAGAUUUCGGCAAACUCCCUUAUCUGUAACCACUGCAAGGUCCACGGUGAAUACACUUGUUUUUCCUCUCCCAACCCAAGUUGAAGUUUUGUUGUAAAACUUAAACAUGCGACAACUAAACUGACGCCUUCUGGCUUUUCACGGUCGGAACUUUGAAUUAUAUUGGUGUGGCAUUGUUUCUUUGAUUUUGAGAGUAGCCACUGUACAGAUCGUAUCCCAAGUAGCAUGGCAUCGUCGACUGAAAUUUGACUAAUUGCUGGCAAUAAAUGAAGUUAACCAAUCAGAGACUUCGGAAGAAGAUGUCGUAUUUAAAGAAAAUAGUUGACUAUAUGUAAAUAAUACGUUCACAAAUGCUCGCUAAAUUGUAAUUUGACAGUCAAUGGUGUACGAGUAGGCUAUAAAUUGACUUGUCAUAAAAACAAAUGGUCCAGCGAAACUUUGAAAUUUUGGGAAUGAUCAGAUUUUUUUAAUCCUAUUACAUUCACAAUGGUGAAUUCUAUU